CGAGGAUAUUCUAACUUGCUUUCUGAUUACUCUGUUUGUAUAUCGGCCGACGCCUGCAUGCUCCCUAAUAUUGCCAUGCCGUCAAAUGAGCCCAAGUACCAUGUGCACGCCACAGUGACUCCGAAUGACCUGCCUGCACGCCAACGCCGGAAAGCCCAUGUCAAAGCAUAGUGCAACAACAUGCUGGAUGCCAUCACGCCCGGAACAGCCGUAUAGAAAAUGCUCCUCUAAGAGUAGAGGAGUAAUGCCGUUCCCGUGGGAAAGAUGCCAAGAGGACAAUGUCUUCUGGUCCCAUUUGUCCACAGAGACCUAGCCCGUCCUAACGAAAAGCCGCACCCGGACCGC